AUGCCGAAGCGAACAAAAGUUGAGGAGGUGAAGCGAGAGGAUGAGGCGAAGGCUUAUCCGGAGUGGGUGGAUCUGGGGAUGAGCGAGCUGAAGGCGGUGGUGGAGAUGCCCUGGGAGGUGGUGAACGACGGCCUGGACGACGCUGCUGAGCCGGUGGCGCCCGACAAAUCGGCCGAGAAGAUCCACGACUCCGUGGCGGCGGUGUGGCGGGAGUGGUGGCGCCA